AUGGCUAUCCUUAGGAAUCUUUCUUCUAACAAUUUUCAAGGGUCUAUUCCAAUUGAACUUUCACGGAUCAGAAAUUUGGAUACACUGGAUAUAUCAAAUAAUAAUAUAGUUGGUUCCAUUCCUUCUUCCAUUGGUGAUUUGGAACAUCUUCUGAAAUUGAAUCUGAGCAGAAAUCAUUUAACAGGCUUUAUUCCGGCAGAGUUUGGUAAUCUAAGAAGUGUCAUGGAUAUUGACCUUUCAAAUAAUAAACUCUCUGGCUUGAUCCCUGAAGAACUUAGUCAGCUUCAGAACAUGAUAUCUUUGAGACUAGAAAUGAACAAAUUAUCUGGGGAUGUGUCUUCGCUUGUAAAUUGCCUUAGUCUUUCUUUGAUUAAUGUAUCUUACAACAAUUUAGUUGGUGUUAUUCCCACAAGCAACAAUUUUUCCAGGUUUUCUCCUGAUAGUUUCAUUGGAAACCCUGGUCUCUGUGGCUAUUGGCUGGAUUCAUCUUGUCAAGGGUCUCANCCUACNGAGCGUGGUCAGUUGAACUUUUUAGCAGAAUACCAUGUUGCUCCUUCACAUUUUUGUUUCAUGGUUUUUAUAGUAAUUAAAAAUUCUCUAGCCUCAAAAGAUCUUCCCAUGUUAAUUUUGGUUGUUAUUCUUGUGAGAAUAUGUUGGUUAAUGUAAGGGAUUGUUAACGUUGGAACUCUAAGAUGGGAGAAUAUGUCCCCUUCCAUCUAUGUUCUGUUGUAAGGUUCUCUAUUGUAAAGU